UUCGUACAUCAGCUUCACCCCACAGCCACACAUACAACACAACAAAGCCAAUACUCACAAGUUCUCUUCACAGCUCAACCCACAUACACACCAUAAUCAAUACCUUGAACACCCAAAUGCGCAUUCACUCCAACACUUGACUCUCCAACCUCUUUCCUUUCCGUCCAUGGCGACGGCGAUUGCACCACCGCCACCGCCCAUGUCCGCCCUCAUCUCCGCGCGUGCCGUUGCCGCAACGGCGUCGUCGAGGCGUCCUCAGAGCAAGAAGAAGCAACAGCGAGCUUUGGGGAACUUCACACACUUUGCUGAGGUGGUUCGCAAGGACAUGAAGUUCCUCAAGAAAGGGAUCGAUAACGGUGUUGCGUGGGCCCACGAGGCCUUCCGCAUUCCCCAGGUUGCCAAGAAAAUCGACGACCUCGUUUGGCUUCGGAAUCUUGAAGACCCUCUCGCUCCAGCCUUUUGUGCUCCUUCUUGGCCUCAGCAUUGGUACCCAGGACUAACUGGAGUGGAUCUGCUCAUGUCUGAUCUCAAGGCCUUGGAAGCAUAUGCUGCUUACUUCUAUUAUAUGUCUAAGAUUUGGUCGAAGCCACUCCCUGAAGCUUAUGAUCCUCAGGAUGUUGCUCAGUAUUUCAGUGCUAGACCCCAUGUGGUGGCCCUUCGCAUUCUUGAGGUACUUUCCUCCUUUGCCUCUGCUAUGAUCAGUAUUCGAACUUCAGGGUUUAGAAAGUUUCUAUGGCUAAAUCCUGAAGAGGACAUGGAUGAUACAUCCUCUCAGUAUAAUUUUGGGAUGGUAUUAAAGGAAACAUUGCUUAAUCUUGGGCCUACCUUUAUAAAAGUUGGACAGUCCCUUUCCACAAGGCCAGAUAUCAUUGGUGUUGAGAUGUCCAAGGCAUUAUCAGAACUGCAUGAUCAAAUCCCUCAUUUUCCCAGGACUGUUGCUAUGAAGAUUAUUGAGGAAGAGUUAGGUUCUCCUCUGGAAUCAUUCUUCAGUUACAUUUCUGAGGAACCUAUAGCUGCCGCAUCAUUUGGCCAGGUUUACUUUGCCCGUACCACUGAUGGUAAUAAUGUUGCUGUGAAAGUUCAGCGUCCUAAUUUGCAUCAUGUGGUGGUGCGGGAUAUCUACAUCCUUCGCCUUGGGUUGGGGCUGGUGCAAAAGAUUGGCAAGAGAAAGAGUGACCCUCGCCUAUAUGCUGAUGAACUAGGGAGAGGUUUUGUUGGUGAAUUGGAUUACACUUUGGAGGCUGCAAAUGCUUCAAAGUUUAUGGAAGUUCACUCUUCCUUUUCCUUCAUACACGUGCCAAAAGUAUUUCCACAUUUAAGUCGAAAGAGAGUUCUGACCAUGGAGUGGAUGGUUGGUGAAAGUCCAACAGAUUUGCUCUCUCUGUCUACUGGAAACUCUGUUGGAAAUGUCUCUGAAUAUUCAGAAAGGCAGAAAGUAGAUGCAAAAAGGCGUCUUCUUGAUUUGGUGAACAAAGGCGUUGAAGCAACAUUGGUGCAACUUCUUGAAACAGGCUUAUUACAUGCUGAUCCACAUCCUGGUAACUUGCGUUACACUUCCUCGGGACAAAUAGGGUUUCUGGAUUUUGGUUUGCUCUGUCAAAUGGAAAAAAGGCAUCAGUUUGCUAUGUUGGCUUCAAUAAUUCAUAUAGUAAACGGUGACUGGGCAUCCCUUGUCCAUGCUCUGAUUGAUAUGGAUGUUGUGAGGCCAGGGACAAAUAUCCGACUUGUUACCCUGGAACUGGAACAUGCCUUAGGAGAAGUAGAAUUUAAAGAAGGAAUUCCUGAUGUGAAGUUCAGCCGGGUUCUGGGAAAGAUUUGGUCUGUAGCACUCAAGUAUCAUUUCCGUAUGCCACCAUAUUAUACGCUUGUCCUGCGAUCCCUAGCUUCCUUGGAAGGUUUGGCUAUAGCUGCAGAUAGAAAUUUCAAGACUUUUGAAGCUGCGUAUCCUUAUGUUGUUCGGAAACUUCUCACAGAAAACUCAGCUGCAACAAGGAAUAUAUUGCAUUCGGUGCUUCUAAACCGGAAGAAGGAGUUCCAGUGGCAAAGGCUUUCCCUGUUCUUGAGGGUAGGGGCAACUAGGAAAGCCUUGCAACUAGUAGCAUCAAAUAGUGAAACUUCCCUUGAUCAUUUGUCAAAUAAGGCCACUGAUUCGCUUGAUGUUGCAUAUUUGAUCUUGAGGCUUUUACCAUCCAAAGAUGGCGUUGCUCUCAGAAGACUUCUCAUGACAGCUGAUGGAGCUUCAUUAAUCAAAGCAAUGGUCUCAAAGGAGGGAAAGUUUUUCCGGCAACAACUUUGCAAGAUCAUAACUGACAUAAUGUGCCAAUGGAUGAUUAAAUUAUUUGGACAAGGAAUUACAGUUUCUCAAUCUUCCAGGGUGAUAUUGGCUAAUGGACCUAGCAACAAAGAAUCAGGUCUAUCCCCUAGAUCCUCCUUGCCUACAUAUGAUUACAAUGCCAUAGUUAGAGACCGUCGACUUAGGGUGAUAUUCUCUAAGGUUCUAAAAUCUGCAAGUAAGGAUAAAGUAUUGAUGCUGCGGUUCUGCUGGGCUUCCCUUCUAUUAGUUAUCACAGCUUCAAUUUUGGCUUGCCACCGGGUUGUUAUGUCUCUGUCAGAAGCUUACUUGGGCCAAAUAUUUGAUGCUCCCAAGAGAUAUGCAGUCAGUGCAUGAAAUUUUCUAAAAACAUUUAGUUUUAGCAUUCUAUCCAACAAGGUUAAAAGAACAAAAAAAUAAAAAAUACCAAGGUUUAUUCUUAUGGAUGACUACAAAGUGAAAGUUCAUUAUUUACUGCUAACAAAAGCAAUUGUGUUUGUAGCUGAAGUUGAAUGUUUUAGCCAUGGAGCCAAUUUGGUGCCAGGCAGGUAAAAUUUAGGCAUAGGAUUGCUUUGUCUUUUUACAGUUGUUGUUGCUGCAGUCCUUAUCUAGUUGCCCUACCAGUAUGUACAGACACAGCUCAUGUAAAGUGUUACAUUUUUAUAAAAAUAAAAUGUGUUUUGGUUACUAAUAUUCUUUGUAAUACCAAUCAUCAGUUCAUAGUUACAGACACAGCUCAUGUAAAGUGUUACAUUUUUAUAAAAAUAAAAUAAAAUGUGUUUUGGUUAC